AUGUUAAGUUCAGAGGUUGCAGAAGAUGUUUGUGUUUCAUUGUCUCAUAGUGAUGAAGGUGUUGCAAUGGAUUUGAUAAACUUUGAGGAAGGGGCUGGUGUUGAUAUUGUUGAAUUAUGUCCAUAUGAAGAUGGAGUGGGGAUGGAUAGUGUUGGAGGUGAUGGAGGUAAUAUGGUGAAUCUUAACAUAAUUAAAAUAGACCCCCCACCAGAAGUGGGAAUGAUAUUUGAUUCAUGGGAAAAAGCUAAUAUGUACUAUAAUGCAUUUGGCAAGCAGGAAGGGUUUGGUGUGGUUCUUGGCCAAAGUGCAUACAAAACUCUAAAAGAUGGUCGCAAGGUUAAAAGUGCUGUUACAUGGAAAUGUGAGUGUGUAGGUUUUCCAGACACCCGAAGGAGGGUUGGUGGGAAAAGAUUAUCUAAGGAGUUGGAAGGGGAGCCGGUUGCAACAAAGAAGUCGAAAAAAUGUGGUUGCGAAGCCGGGAUGUAUGCUUGUUUAAGGGAUCAUGGUAAGUGGGAGAUAGUAAGAGUGGAGUUGAAGCAUAAACCCCAUCAAGUAUCACCUUCAAAAUCAUUGCUAGUGACAAAAUACAGGUUGAAGGAGUUGGAAAAGAUGUCGUAUGUGAGGCGUAAACUGCAUUUUAGAGACGAUAUGGUGCUCCCCGCUGCUACUAUGCACAAGUGGUUGGCUUGUGAGAGGAAUGGGGUUGAGAAUAUGCCCUUUACUAAGAAGGAUGUGAAUAAUUUGAUGUCAAGGGUGAAGAAGCUAAAAUUGAAGGAUGGGGACAGCAAUGCUAUGAUGAAUUAUUUCCUAAUGAUGCAAAAGAAUAAUAAAAACUUCUACCGCAUACAUCGUUUGGAUGCAAAUGGGGUAUUGCAAGAUGUGUUUUGGGUUGAUGCGCGUAGCAGAGCUGCAUAUGAGGAUUUCGGUGAUGUAGUGUGCUUUGAUACGACUUUUUUGUUGAAUAAGUACGACUUGCCCUUUGCAAAUAUCGUUGGAGUAAUUCACCAUGGAUAA